AUGCACCCUGUGAUCCUUAGCAUAGUGAGCAACAAAUAUACCGCUCAGAUGGAGAUCCUCGUACUAGGUCUUCCCAGAACGGGUACCCAGAGUCUCGCCGGCGCUCUCAGCCUGAUUGGCUACGAAAAGGUCUAUCACAUGAAGGAUAACUUCAUAAGGGGCGACCAUACAUUUUGGUCGAGAGCCAUGGAUGCCAAAUUCGCAGGGCAAGGUAACCGCGUGAAUCGAGAGGACUUCGAUGAGCUUUUCGGAGGCGAGUACAGGGCAGUGAGCGAUUACCCCGCUGCUAUGUUCCCCGAUGAGCUGAUAGCCUCGUAUCCUUCGGCCAAAGUGAUAUUGUUGACCCGCGACCAAGAUGGAUGGAUAAAGUCAAUGGAAGACACACUGUUACACGCGUGGGAUGCGGAAAAGAACCCUGGAACUGAGACGGAAGGUGAUGCCCGGUCAACCCGGUUUGCUCGUGAUGAGAUGGUUCGCAAGAUCCAGACCUAUGCUUGGAAUGAUGACUUUGGAGCCAAUGGGCGCAAGCUGUUUGUUGAGCACAAUGAGCAUGUGCGUCAACUUAUGAAAUCCCGACCAGGAGACUUCCUUGAAAUUAAUGUCGCGGAGGGAUGGCGGCCACUUUGUCGUUUUCUAGAGAAAGAGAUUCCUAGUGAGGGGUUCCCACGGCAAGAUGAUUGGGUGAAGUAUAAGGAGGAUGUUCAGAAGCACCGAAGAAACGAUGAUUUAAGUAGCGAAUAG